AAAACAUUGAGUUUAUUUAAUUUACCAAUUGCUAUGGAGUACCUCGUCGUGGCCGCCUACGCCGCUCUUGCCUUCUUUUCCCUUCUCUUCUCCUACUUAGUAUGGUCAAGAUUCGCUAAGAAACCCCGCAACCUCCCGGCGGAGGCCGCGGGGGCGCGGUUCUUGGUGGGGCACCUCGACGUGGUGAGCGGCCGCGUCGGGCUGCCCCACGUAAACCUGGCGAACCUGGCGGAUGAAAACGGCCCGAUAUUCAGGAUCCGGCUGGGCGUGCACCCGGCCGUGGUGGUGAGCAGCUGGGAGCUGGCCAAGGAGCUCUUCACCACCCACGACGCCACCGUGUCGUCGCGGCCGCAGAUAAAGGCGGGGAAGCACCUCGCCUACGACCACGCCAUGCUCGGCUUCUCCUCCUACGGCCCCUACUGGCGCCAGCUCCGCAAGCUCAUCUCCCUCGAGCUCCUCUCCGCGCGCCGCGUGGAGCUGCAGCGGAGCGCGCGCGCGUCGGAGACGGCGCUGCUCCUGAGGGACCUCCACGCGCGGUGCGGGUCGGGGCGGGCGCUGGUGGACAUGAAGGAGCUGUUCGGGGAGCUGAGCAUGAACGUCGUCCUCGGCGUCGUGGCGGGGAAGAGGUUCAGCGGCCGGGACGAGGCGGAGGAGGCGCGCCGGUGCCGCCGGGUGAUGAGGGAUUUCUUCCACCUGGCGGGGUUCUUCGUGCCGGCCGAUGCGCUGCCGUACCUCGGGUGGCUGGAUCUCGGCGGCCACGAGCGGAGGAUGAAGACGACCGCCAAGGAGCUGGAUGACAUCGUCGGAGAGUGGCUGGUGGAGCACCGGCAAAAGGGGAACUCCGGCAAGGAUUUCAUGGACGUGAUGAUAUCUGUGAUGGAGGGAGCGGAUCUGCAGAGCCACUACGACGUUGACACCAUCAUCAAAGCUACUUGUGGCAAUUUGAUAUCGGGUGGGACUGAUGCUACAGCCGUCGUACUCAUCUGGGCACUCUCCGUCCUCCUUAACAACCGGCAUGUCAUCAAAAAGGCUCAAGAAGAAAUAGACAAGCAUGUGGGAAAGGAAAGACUAGUGUCAGAAUCAGACAUCACCAAUUUAGUGUAUCUUCAAGCCAUAUGCAAAGAGAGCCUAAGGUUAUAUCCUCCAGCGCCCUUAGGUGGGACGCGGCGGCUAACCCAAGAUUGCAAAAUCGGAGGCUACGAUAUUCCUCAAGGCACUUGGCUGAUGGUCAACAUGUGGAAGAUGCAUCGCGACCCGAGAGUUUGGCCGGACCCCUUGGAGUUUAGGCCAGAGAGGUUUCUCGAGGGCGAUAAAAUUGUGGAUGUCAAGGGGCAAGAUUUCAAGAUGAUCCCGUUUGGUGCAGGUCGGAGAAUUUGCCCCGGGGCCAAUUUCGGGCAGCAAAUGGUGCAAAUAGUGUUGGCCACCUUGUUGCAGUCAUUUGACCUCUCCACACCUGAUGAUCAACCCAUUGAUAUGACUGAGAGUGCUGGAUUGACAAACUUCAAAGCUACACCUCUUGAUGUUCUUAUCACACCAAGACUACCACCAACCCUAUAUACUUAGGAUGUGUUUGGUUUGGUCUUUAUCCUUUCUAAACAAAAUGGUGGAGGUUGGUUUGCAAAUGUCUUUUCUUGAGUGUAGGAUAUUAGGAUCUGUAGUUUGGUAUGCAUGUUUAUUAACUCAAGAAAUUAUUUGAUGUGUUUGGUUGGACACUUGGACUGCUUUUAUUCAUUGAAAUAAUCAAAAUCACCUCCGUACCCUCAA